GGCGUUGUUGUUGCUGCUGCUGCUGCUGCUCGCGUCCACCACGGACGCACGGAUUUCACCUCACUGCGUUCACCUCACGGAGUUUGUCCCACGGCCGUCUCGUUUCGUCUCCGUCUGUCGCUUCUCUAUCGCUUCUCUCCGCGUCUCUGUCGCCCGCUGGCUCGCUCCGUCACUGGGUUUACGCAGCGCGACCGACUUUGUGCGUUGGAGCACAAAAAAAACCGAAACCGACGCGAAUAAAUUAAUGAAAAGCUUGCGAAACCACCACGACGACGAAGAAGAAUUAGUAGAAUUAGAAGCGUGUUCUAGUUUAGUCGACGGGGUUUGUCGUCGCGGGUGGGUGUUGUGAGGCGAUCGGUUGGGGCCGCUGUCGUUUUUUUGUUUUCCCGCCAUUUGCGUUUCUUAGGGUUUCUGAAGCAGCUGAUUGCUGCUAUUUGUUAAAAUUGUAAUUUAUUAAGACGUAUAAUGGUAGGGUGAAUGUAACGGAGUGUCAUGCGGCGGUUGAAUUGGAAUGUGUGAAUAGUUAAUGAUGCUGAGCAGAUGAGGAAACGUUGCUUUGGCUUAGUGUUGAACAUGCCGAAUGAGGCAACACAUUUAUUUGCGAUUCUGAUGUUAAUUAAACAUAAAUAAGAAUUAUCACACUGCAUUAAAAUACGCUUAAUGCAAUGUGAAGGCGCAAGAGACAUUUGACAGCCGAUAAAGUAACGUCGAUAAUUUUAGUAUUGUACAGUAUAUACACAACAAAUUUACAAAAUUAAAAAAAAUACAAAUCUACUUGUUAAAUAUAGUGGGGGGGAAAUUAACAUCGCACUGUAGUGCUAGUGUUGUACGACAAUUAUAUAGCUUUUUUAUAUUGACAAUUAUAUAGAUUUAUAUAUUGACAAUUGAUCCUCCAAUCAGAGGAGACGUUCGCGUCAGUAGUGAGGAAUUAGUCUGCUACAGAUCGAUUUAGCUUCAUAGGCAUUGAGUAGCCCUAUCCAGCAGCAGUGAAGACAUCAUCAACAUCAGCAGCAACAUUGAGUAGAUCUAUCCAGCAGCAGUGAAGACAUCAGCAGCGGACAUUGAAUAACCCUAUCCAGCAGUGUGAAGACAUCAACAUCAGUAGCAGCGACAUUGAGUAGCCCUAUCCAGCAGCAGUGAAGACAUCAACAUCAUCAACAUCAGCAGUGGCAUUGAGUAGCUCUAUCCAGCAGCAGUGUUGAGACAUCAACAACAUCAGCAUUGAGUAGCUCUAUCCAGCAGCCGUGUAAAGACAUCAACAACAACAUCAGCAUUGAGUAGCCCUAUCCAGCAGCAGCAGUGUAAAGACUUCAUCAACAUCAUCAACAACAUCAGCAAGGACAUUGAGUAGCCCUGUCCAGCAGCAGUGAAGACAUCAACAUCAGCAGCGGACAUUGAAUAUCCAUAUCCAGCAGUGUGAAGACAUCAACAUUAUCAACAUCAGCAGUGGCAUUGAGUAGCCCUAUCCAGCAGCAGCAGUGUGAAGACUUCAUGAACAUCAUCAACAACAUCAGCAAGGACAUUGAGUAGCCCUAUCCAGCAGCAAGCAGUGUGAGACAUCAACAACAUCAGCAUUGAGUAGCUCUAUCCAGCAGCAGCAGCAGUAAAGACAUCAACAACAUCAUCAUCAGCAGUAGGAAGGAAUACGAAGGGGGGUGGUGGUGGUGGGGUGGUGAGAAAGAUGAGGCCACACUGCGAGGUCGUGCAGGAGGAGGCCCUCAAGGAAGGCGAGAUUGAGAAACGUAGCGACGGCUUUCUGCAGCAGUGGAAGAAGAAACGCUGCGUCCUCACCAGCGAUGGUCUCAUGCUCUUCCCGUGUGACUCCGGCUCCACAUCGUCCGGGUCCAUCAUCUCCGUGUCGCACGGGGAUGGCGUGGGCCAUGGCAACAGGAGGAAGGCCCCCAAAUCCCUGCGCUUCGACGCAGUGAAGACACUGGACUGCGUCGACCGCAAAGGCCGCUUCGUCUACUUCACCAUCGUGACGGCAUCCAACCGCGAGAUCGACUUCAGGUGCCUGGAGGACACGACAUGGAGCGCCGAGAUCACGCUGGCCCUCGUCGGAUUCAAGAACCGCCAAGCGCUACGCGAUCGCGACCAGAAGAAGAUGCUGGCGGCGCGAGUGGCUGUCGAACGUGGCGACGAUGGAGGCAGAAUUAAUGGACGCGGAAGAGAUGGUGGAGGUGGUGGAGAUCGUGGAGGUGGUUUUGGAGGUCGUGGUGGUGUUGGAGGAGGUGUCUGGGCUGAAGGCGCGGCAGUCGCCGGCCCAGUGGGAGGGCUUUAUCACACUCCGCAGCAGCAGCGACAUCGCUCCGGUUAAAUCAAGAAAGCCUGGAUUGCGAGAGUGAUUAAAUGCCGCUUUUGUUGACCGAGCUGGAUUACCAGACGCUGCCAAGGCCUCGUCGCGAGAGGGCAGCAGUGCUGCUUCCUUUCCUCGCUGCGUUCCUGAACACUUCAUCUGAACGUCUGAUCCACACCUUCCAGACCAUCAUAAUAAGUACAGUGAAUUCCUCAAAGACUUGCUGCAACGAUGGCAAGGAUAUGUUUUGCGCGCGUCGGUGGCGCCUGGGUGCUGUAACGCGCAAAAUCGACAAACAUCUCUGCACGACGCUCAUUCACGACAGCAAGAAUAUUAUCGCGAGCGGAGAGCAACUCUUGAAUAAUGAAAAACGACGGACGCCUCCCAUGUUUUGGCUUGCGCUGCCGAGUCUUGGAUUUACGCCUGAGGCCUGCAUACAACAUGGAUGGAAGUGCAUCUGGCUGGACUGGUUGCCGGCCGAUCGCCAAACUGUGAUGAUGAAUUCACGGCGUUUUAACGAAGCACAUAACUUGUGCAGAUGGGAAUGAGGAUGUAACGAGUGAACACUUGUGCAUAACCAGGGACUUUUAGUCACAGUGUCGAAUUAUAAAUGUACACUUUAUCGUUACGCAUAGAUUGACAACAAUUAAAGGAGCUCGUGAAAGCUUCCUUGGCUAAUUGCUGGUAUUUUCACAGACUAGUAUGGCAAUGUCUUAGUGGCUGCUUUUCACAAAUUUUAAAUCAACAACUACAUUGUAGUUUUUUUUCAGCCCAGAAAUAUGUAGAUAAGUUUUGCGUUGUUUUCCACGUUCAUCGUUGAACGUUAUCUAAUAACUAAUCUAUUUUAAUUCCCAUUUUUAAAAUGCUUUAGAAUUGGUGGCAUUUAAAAUUGAACGAUUGAUGGAGUAAAUUAAGUUUCAGUAACUGACAACAACAAAAAAUCCCGUGACCUUUCAACAGCAAAGUUAAAUUCACAUUGAUGUGCGCAAAAGGUCACGGUAAAAUCAUAGCCAAGUAUUUAAUAACUUGAAAGAAGGUCGGUGUGUUUUCAUAUUUAUUUUAGCAGCGAUUUAGAAUGUUAUCAACGUUAUGCCUGCAGUUGCGAAGAUAUCGUAAUGUGUAGUGUUGCAGUUGUGUAUGGUCUGACUGCAUUGCACCUCUAUGGAUGAGUAAUCUGUUACCAAGUUGGUGGAUUACGUGAACGUUACCAAUCUUUAGCUUAUUUUCACUUUCUGUAUAAACUUAUAGUCCAUCUUGUUUGUAAGAUUAUUUUACAAUUGUGACUUAACAUCGCAUUACCAUAUGCUCUUGUUAUAGAAUUAAUUAUCUGCCACUGGAUAAGUAUGCAUGCUCAUUUCUUCCAUCGCUCUUAGAACGUCUUCACAAUUGUUGAUUUUUUUAACUUCCAUUUUACCGACUCGGUCUUAAGCUAAUACAGUAGCAAAUACACUUAAAUAACUGUUUUAUAAGUACAAUAAAGUAGAUAUUGUAUCUCCA